GCUUUCUGGGUUGAUAGUUAUCUAUCUAUUUUAUUCAUUUCUUUUUUUGUUGAUAGAGUACAUAAUUUCAAAUUUAAGAUGAUUAUUUGAGGAUAUUACUAGGGCUACAGUUGUCCUACGUGCCCAAUUUUUUUGUUUUUUGUAAUGCAUUUCUGCUUGCUUUUGUCUACCCAAUUGUGCAUUUCUCCUUUGGGUUGCUCAGAAUUCUUUUUAACCAAGAAUUGAUGCUUCUGCAAAAUGGGUGUGAUUGAGUUGUGUAAUGGCUUUUGUUGCUAAUGUGUGUAGCUAGGCUCUUCAGCAUUGUUAUUUAUAUAUGGUAUCUAAGUAUAAAGAUGAAAUCUUUGUCUCAGUCAAGUUUCAAGGCAUGUUCUUGAGUUAUUGAAAUGUUUGGAAAUUGGGUAUUGAUGGAACUCACAUGAUUACUUUUUGAGGAUAAAACUCUCUUGAUUACUUAUUAUUAUCUCAAAUAUAUGUCUUCCCACAGUACUGCUCCUACUGUCAAGCAUAGUGGAACAAGUAAAAAAAAGGGCAGUCCGGUGCUAUGCGGGGUUCAUGGAAGGGCCGGACCACAAGGGUCCUUACCCUGCAUUUCUGCAAGAGAUAUUUGGUUUGUAAGGCAUUUAAGCUGAUUUUGCAGUUUGGCACAUUCAAAGUGUAGAUGGCCACCUUAUCUCUAACAGUUGGGAAUUGUGGACGAGGCAGAAAUUCAGAGGACCUCACUUCUGAAUUUGUGCCAAACUUGUCUCUUGGUAGUGUAUUUCUUACCAAAAGGUUGUAUGGCCUGAAUUUGAAGGAUUUGGAUGGUCCGAAACUGAGGGCGCGGAAGAAAUUCCGCGUUGGUGCUGAAAUAAAGAAGUGGAAGAAGCAUGAUUACCCGUGGCCUGGUGAUAUUGAUCCAAACACUAAGACACCCUUAAAGUAUCUUUCCUUCUUUAAACCUCUUGAUGAGAAACCAAAACCAGUCACACUUGCCUUUGAGAAGCCAUUGGUUGAUUUGGAGAAACAGCUUAUUGAGGUGCGUAGAAUGGCUGAAGACACUGGAUUGGAUUUCACUGAUCAGAUUAAUGCUUUGGAAGCCAAGUAUCAGCAGGCCCUGAAGGACUUGUACACUCAUUUGACACCCAUUCAACGCCUCCAAAUUGCUCGACACCCUAAUAGACCAACUGUUCUUGAUCAUAUACUAAAUAUGACAGAGAAGUGGGUUGAGCUCCAUGGAGAUCGUGCUGGCUAUGACGAUCCAGCCAUGAUUACUGGCAUUGGGAGCAUUGAAGGCAGAAGUUACAUCUUCAUUGGCCACCAGAAAGGUAGAAAUACAAAAGAAAACAUCAUGCGAAACUUUGCAAUGCCAACUCCUCAUGGCUACAGAAAGGCUUUGAGAAUGAUGAAAUAUGCUGAUCAUCAUGGCUUCCCUAUUGUUACAUUUGUAGACACACCAGGCGCUUUCGCUGAUUUAAGAUCUGAAGAGCUAGGUCAGGGUGAGGCUAUAGCCCAUAAUUUAAGGACAAUGUUUGGGCUGAAAGUUCCAAUCAUAACGAUUGUAACUGGUGAAGGUGGUUCAGGCGGUGCUCUUGCUAUUGGAUGUGCAAAUAAGUUGUUAAUGUUGGAAAACUCAGCGUUUUAUGUUGCUAGUCCUGAAGCUUGUGCUGCAAUAUUAUGGAAAUCUUCACAAGCAGCUCCAAAGGCAGCUGAAAAACUGAGGAUCACAGCUCAGGAACAUUAUAGGCUCAAGAUAGCUGAUGGUAUUAUUCCUGAACCUCUGGGUGGUGCCCAUGCCGAUCCUUUCUGGGCGUCUCAGCAGAUUAAACAUGCAAUUGUCGAGGCUAUGGCGGAACUUGGAAGGAUGAACACUGAACAGUUGCUUCACCACCGGAUGCUUAAAUUUCGUUCAAUUGGAGGUUUCCAGGAGGGCAUUCAGGUUGAACCUGAAAGGAAGCGCAAAAUGAAGCCAUCCGAGGCUAACACACGGCCUGCUGAUUUGGAAUCAGAGCUUGCAAAUCUUAGGAAGAAGAUUCUAGAAGCUAAGGGACCAUCUGAUCCUGUUACUACCCAAGUCCUUGAGAAGCUCCAAGAAGAUCUAGAUACUGAGAUAACAAAAGCAUUCAUAGCUAUGGGCUUGCAGGAUAAGAUUGAAUCUCUUAAACUAGAGUUGCAAAGCUCUCCUAUUCCGGAUCAACCACUUAACAAGUCUUUGCAGGAGAAAGCUAAUAAGAUUAUGCAAGAAUUUAAACAGAAGCUGUCACAACCUGGGGCAUAUCUUGGUUUAAAGCAAAAGCUUCACACUGUGGAGAUGGCUAGCAGGCUCAUCAAGCUGAAGAAUAAAAGCGAGAAACUAAAAACCGAAGUCAAUCAGAAAAUUCCAACAACUGUAAAAGCCAAGCUAGAGCUUUUAAACGCAGCUUCGAAAAAGCUAUCAAGCGGGGAACCUUUGGAUACAAAUCUAAUGGAGGAAGUAGAAAAAGCUAAGAAAGAGCUGGAGUAUGUUCUAAAGUCAGCCAACCUGGAAGUAGUAGGCACGCGCAAAAGGACGAACGUUGCUGUUCCACCAGAAUUGGUAAAGGAUAUAGCAAAGGUAAAUGAGGAGAUAAAUGAGGAGAUUCAAAGAGCUGUGACUAGAUCAGGUCUAAGUGAGAAGAUUGAAGAGUUGAAGCUGGAGAUUGUGAAGGAUUCUAGCUCAGAAAAGGUAAAAGAGCUGGAAACGGAGGUCAGGGAAGGGAUUGCUUCUGCCCUUAGUGUCACCCCACUGAAAGAAAAGGUUGAAGGUUUAAGGGAGAAGUUGGCACCAGCCUACAAGGAUGAUAUAGAAAGUAAAGUUGGUGCAGAAAAUGGAAGAUGAUAAGACUAGCUCAUGAAUUAUUUCUUGUGCUUGGACAGUAGUACUUGAUUUUGAUUACUAAGAGUUUUUCAGUCCCUCCUAAGACAUGUCUAAUAUCUCCUUUACUCAAUAGUAAAAUUCUUGGUAGUUAUCAGAAAAUUAAACUGAGAAGAAACAGAUAGCAUUGAUGUCUAAUGGUGUACUUUAUGUACAUAUGAAUUGGUUUUUAAUAUACGAGUCAAUUGGUUUUGUGGCUCUUUAUAAA